CCGAACAGGCUAAUCAAGUAACUUGGUCAACGAAAGUCUUAAUCAGGCCAGUUGGUCAACCAACGUCGAACUUGGCAACUUGCCUUUCCUCUCACCUCCACGCACGGCUCUCACUCUCAAGCGCCACCUUCCUUCACCGCCAACGACAAUAUUAGCAUUGCCCUUCCCUACUCCCUCACAUUCUUCCGCUGCACAUCAUCGUAAGCCAGCCACGGCAGCUCCACUGCGCUUCCCUGCUCCUCCCUACCAACUUCACAGCGCCACUCAAACCGAGGCAGAAGCACCACCGCAGCAACCAUCUUCAUUAGCGCAACUAAGCAGCCACAAAACAGAGAAAACGGGGGAUUGUAAUGAACGGACACUCCGUUCAGGCGCAGGUUUGAGUUGAAAUUCACAAGAAAUUGGACGACUAAACCACAAUUUAAGCUUGAAUUCACCGAGCAUUUGAAGCGGCCGUUCCAAUUACUGAGGCGGCCGUUCCAAUUACUGAGGCGGCCGCUCAGAAUUCUCGUGGUAUUUGGGAUGAAAACACCGUAUUUCCGGAGCGUGGGUGAGCCGUAUGAUUGCAGAUUUGAUUGAAGAGUAAGAAUGACGAUGAUGAUAUGCGAACAGGAGGGGAGCACUGAGCAACGAAGGAGAAGGAAGGGGGAUGAAGAGGCUGACGUGGAGUAUUCAGAGGAGAAUUCAGAAUUUUUAUUUCGUUUUAUUUUUUAUUAAUAACAAUUGGAUUUUCCUUAAGCUAUUCCUCUUCACACGUUCACUGGCCUUCUUCUUCUUCCUCAAUCCUAACCUUACCAUAAUCGUUUCUUACUUUUGUGUUCUUUAUCACCCUCAUCUUCUACCUCUCUUAGCGACAAGCGAACUAAGAUGCUUGAAUUGGAUAUAUUUACACUUCUCGACACUGACAAGGUAACUAGUAGCAUUCCCAAACUCCAUUUAAUGCAAUUAAGGUUGUAUAAUGAGGUGAAUUAGGAUAGCUUUAUUUGAUUCUUGCCUUGUGAUUGGAAUAGUAGAAUCAUCCUAGGAUUUUUUUGUAAAUUAUUGCAUCUUCACGUUAAUAGGUGUGUUGUAUUUGUACAUGUUCUGCUUCCUUAUUGUUGUGUUGCCUUAUUCCUGUGACACGGAAAUUCUAUCUUCACAAUAGUCCUGUUGUUAUGUAUCUGUUGUUUCGGAGCAAGCGUGUUGACAUUUGUUUGGUCUUGUGUUUGGGUAGUAUUUAAAUUGGAGUGCACAUUCUUGAUGUUUUUCUUUUGGUUUUGGUACACUGGCAGUCUGCUAGUCAUACAAGUUUGUGUAGGGGUGUGCUAAAUUUUGAGGGAGUGUAGGUGUAUUAAGAAGUUUAAAUGCGUGUUUGGGGGAUGAUGGGGAGUUUUUUGACUGGAUUAGUAUCGGCAGGGAUGAAUUACGUUGUGCAGGUGGGUAUUCAUGUAAGUGAAGCAGUGUGUGGGCCUGUUUGGUUGGUUGUGUGUGUAGGGGCUGAUGUAGGUGGUAAAGUACAGCCUGGUUGUGCUUUCCUUGCGGCACGUUGGUGUUGUAUAGGGUGUUUUCAGGAUUGUGUGUGUCUCUAGGAGUUGCUGUGGUCAGUUGUGUUUUUAGGUUGUGUAGUAUGUGCAGGUCAUAGGAGUUAGUGUGUGAAGGUUGUGCAUGUUUUUAUGUAUGUGUCACAUUGAGCAUAAGUGGGAUGCUGACUGUGUGGUAGUAUUGUAGUACUAUUGAGAUAGUGGUAGUUAGUCAGUUUGUCAGUUCCUGUGGGAAAGGUACUAGGUGUGAUCAUUAAUUCAAGCACGUUGUAAAACUUUCAAGCUUAUUUAUCUGUGCUUAAUCACCCAUGUUUCAAGUUAGAACAAUUCUCAUUAUUAGUUGAUCCUAUUUAUUUUGAUUUCAAUUGUGAGUACGAAAUCGAUUGGUGCUUGGUGUAAGAAAUUGUUAGUUUAAUUGUAUACUUUUAUUCUCUAAAAUUUUUCUUUUAUGAUACUACUUGAGUAAAUACUAUUUUGAGGAGCUGAGACACAAUUUUUGAGUUUAGUCUUAAUUUACAGCGAUUCUGUUGACAUUGCUAUUUCGUAAACCACUUUGUUAUUCCUGAGGACUAGUCAUCCCGAGGGGCGUACCCCCAAAGGAGAGAACAUGCUAACUGUGGCUGCACCCGUAGAGUAUACCAUUAGGUACUUAGAUUGUCGUCCAAAGUCUAGAAUUACUCUCAAACGGCACCGUUUGUUGAGCUAGGUUUGGAAAAGUGUACACACAGGCUAGGGGCGCACCUCCUAAGAACGUCCUCCUGAGUCCUGACUGUUGUUACCAGAGUGUAAUGGUUCACUUGCGUUCGUCCUAUCCUCUCAAUAUUAUAAAGUUGAUCAAAAGGUUAUCUUUUAAACAAUUGUCCUUAUUUUAUUUGUUACCCUCUCUUGUUCUAUGGCUUCUACCCCUUUUUUUUGGGUGCAUGACCUAGAGUCCUAGACCGUAGUCUCAUCCACUCCUUUUGUCGAACUCAUAAUGUUGAGAUCUGAUAAUGAUGGUAAUACACUCUAAACAUUUUAUCUGGGACUAUCUCGCACGAGGAUUAACUAAUUUUACUUUGCUUAGUAGAUGUUUCUAGUCUAGGUUUGAAUUUGACAAUGAUGUUAUGUCAAAUCAGGGAAAAAUCUUAUUUGCUUAAUGUAAAUUAGAACAAAAAGGGACCCAAAUCCGUCAAGGUUGAAUAAAUAUUAUUUUGCGGGUCUAGUUUGGUUUUAUGCUUCCGAAUAUUGUAGAAUUGUCCGACAGUAACACCAUAUAAGUAUACCUAAAUUGAGUUAAUAUAUAUUAUUUAAUAAUAAUGAUAACUCUAUAUUUGUGGUGUUACUGGUAUAGUGGACCAGAUAAAACCACCACCGUUCCAGGCUUUCCAGCAACCUCACUAUUUCUCCUCAAAAGAGUGUGAAACAAUAUCCUUAAGUUUAGGUGGGUAGAAGCAUGGGCGACUGGUCAAGAGCUCACAUUUGCCAAUGUUUAAAUCGCCUCCUAACUCUCCGAGGCAAUUCAACGGUGACUAUUGCGCAAGAACAACGCAAGUCAGGUGAGCAGUUCGUAGAAAGUGUGUUGAGUCUUGCUCAUAAGCUUUGCCAAUUGGGCCUCUGUCGUGGUCAAAUUGUUGCCAUUUGUGCUUUCAACAGUGAUUCAUAUCUGGAAUGGCUGCUUGCUGUUGCAUAUAUUGGGGGGAUAAUUGCUCCUCUUAAUUAUCGUUGGAGCUUGGAGGAGUCAAAGGUGGCACUGGAAGUCAUCCGACCAGCAAUGAUAGUCACUGAUGAAUGUUGCACGUGGUUGUCGGAUUUGCGAAAUGGCAUACAAGAAUGUGAGAGGUUAUCCAUAAAUCUUCAAUCUAUCAAAUACUGUUGGGCGCCUGACAAUGUUGUUAUCAUAUGUUUCACUUCAGGGUCCACCGGAAAACCAAAAGGAGUUGCCAUAAGCCAUGCCUCCUUAAUCAUGCAAUCCUUGGCAAAAAUCGCCAUUGUGGGUUACGCAGAAGACGAUGUAGGUGGGAUAUCCUCAUGCAUAUCCAUGCUAAUGGUAGGAGGUUGUCAUGUAUUGAUACCCAAGUUUGAAGUUAAAAUGGCACUAAAAGCCAUAGAGGAAAACCAUGUGACUUCAUUUAUAACUGUUCCGGCAAUGCUAGCUUCUCUGGUUUCUACAAUGAGGAACAACAAAUCAAGGAAUUUGGUAGAAAGUGUAAAGAAGAUUUUGAAUGGUGGCGGCAGUCUUUCUCUCCAACUUGUAGAAGAUUCAGUAAGAUGUUUUCAUAGAGCCAAGCUUCUCUCUGCUUAUGGUAUGACGGAAACCUGUUCUUCUCUCACCUUCAUCACCGUUUAUGAUCCAGCUAUUAAUAACCGUCACCUAAAAAAGAUAAGAGGAACUGUUUCCAACUCUGUACACCCAAUAGGAGGUAUAUGUGUUGGAAAGCCAGCACCUCACGUCGAGUUACUGGUAAUAAAAGAGGAAUUGUCUCAUGUGGGGAGAAUCAUGACUCGAGGACUCCAUGUUAUGAUUGGCUAUUGGGGUCAAAUUAGUGGUCUAGAAAUCGACUCUAGUGGAGAUUGGUUUGACACUGGUGAUAGUGGACAUAUUGAUGCUCAUGGAAACUUGUGGCUUGUUGGUCGUAGGAAUUGUCGUAUCAAAAGUGGUGGGGAGAAUGUGUACCCUGAAGAGGUGGAGGUCGUAUUAUCUCAACAUCCUGGAAUAUUGGCGGUGGUUGUCAUUGGACUCCCAGAUGCACACCUAGGUGAAAUGGUUGUUGCUUGUGUUCAAAUUAGAGAUAACUGGAUAUGGACCGACUUAAACGUUGGUGAGUUGCAAAGCAACAUGGAACGACACUUAUCAACCGGCAUGUUAAAGGAGUUUUGUCGGCAUAAGAGUUUAACCGGGUUUAAGAUACCAAGAGCUUUCAUGAUUUGGAGAAAGCCUUUUCCUCUUACGAGCACAGGAAAAGUCAAAAGAGACCAAGUUAAGGCUGAGGCUAUAUCGCAUCUACAACCUUUCUUUAGCAAUCUUUAAAUAAAAGGUUUUGCACACACCUGAUUGCAAUAAAUAUAUUUUACUUCGGGGUAAUUUUUACUCAAUUUUUUGCAACUAUUAACCUGUUUUGAUUAACUUUUAUACUGUGGAAAAAAUUCAUGUAUAAACAUUUUAAAAGGUUAUAUAACCUUUAUACAUUAUUAGAUUUUAAGUUCGUGUGA